UACUGCCAACGCGCGUGCGCGAGAAAGCCAGGCGGCCUGUGGACUUAAGGCAAGCGGCGGAAAGGGAGAGGCGACGUAACUUGCUUUCGAGAGGCACUUUCCGCGGCCGCACGCCGCCCAGCGGCCAACCGCCUCCUAGAACUUGCGCACCACCUCCUGGCUCCUAGUCUCGACGCUGUCUGAAGACGGGCCAAUGAACAGAGAGCAGGAAGAGGCGGGGUCACCUGAGGGACCGCCCCAAGCGCUUACUUCUAACCAGUCUAGUCACAAGACCUGAUGAAGGGCGGGGCUAAUCUGACGUAUACCCAAUCCAAGAUUUGAGGGCGGUUACAUAUUACGCAUUCCCCGGAGCUUGACUCCGCCCUUCGCCUUGACGUACACUUCUCAACCUAUCAACGACUAAGCUUGUGGAGGGGUGAGGGGAAAGGGGCGGAGUGUGGGAGGAGGCCGAGAGAGGAAGGAGGCGUAGGCUGAGGAGGAAGAGGGAGGAGGGGCAGGGAAGUCCUGACGAAGAAGAGGCCCAGGACUCCAAAGGAGACAACAGGAGGGUGCGCUGGAGCUACCCCGCUGCCCAACGGCUGUUCCGGAUCCCUUACGGCGCAAGUCAGGCAGAGACGGAGGAAAGGAGGAAGAGACUUUUAUGUCGGCAGACAGAGAAGCUCUACCCGUCACCGUUGCCUCACAUCCGGGGCUUUGGAGGGCUGGACCCGCGGCCCCGCCCCCCCCCUCGCCUUUCAUGGCGACCGGAGGCGGAGGCUGGAAGAGCUGGGCCUGGAGGAGGCCCCUUUAAAUCUCCUUAAAGGGGCGGCCACUGAACUCGGCAGACUACAUCGGCAGCCUUAAAGGGGAAGCCAUCGAACAGAAGCUUGACAAAUUGAGAACUGUGCUGUUGGGAGAGCUGGAACGAGUGGGGAUUCUCACCGCCGUUUCUCUCCCACGCAAGAAGUCCUUUAAAAUCAGCUUAAAGGGGAAGUGGCCGCUUGUGGAGGACCAGAAACUUAACUCCCGGGCCCUUAAAGGGGCGGCCUGCUGUUUGGAGGACCCUGGACUCCUUAAAGGGGUGGCCUCUUUUAGCCGGAGGACUUGAGACACUUUUAAAGGGGAGGUCUACGUUUCGGGGCGAGCUUUCGGUCCCUUUUAAAGGGGUGGCCCUUCCUCUUCCUCGGGGAGACUUGUCUCGACCCCUGGCAGGGGGCGGCCACUGCACUAGGCCGGCUGGACACCAUCGGGUCGUUUUAAAGGGGUCAGGGGCUGGACAACUUGAGGCCUCGCCUUAAAGGGACGGCCGCCCCGUUUUCAGCGUCUCGGCCCCGCCGGCCCCACAGGGGGGGCCCUCGGGCUUGUCGCCCCGGGGGCGGCGCCGGCUCCCCGGGCCUUGGCCUUGGGGCAAGCUCGGGGCCAGUAGAUCCUGCUUUAAAGGGGAAGCCGUGGCCUUUUCGUCCCUGUGCAGCCGCCAGCGCCGCGCCUGCGACCCCGGGCCUGCGGACAGGUCGCUUCGGGCCCCGCCGCCUCCGGAUGCGGCGCUGAGGGCGGUCGCCAUGGAGACGGCAGCGGCCGCGGCUCCGGGCCCGGGCUGGGCCGCUGAGGGGGAGCGGCGGCGGCGGCGCUGCUCGCGCCGAGACCGAGACCGGGAGCAGCGGCGCCGCCGAGGUCCCGGCGGCGACGCGCCCCGGGCCCUGUUGGCCGCCCCGCGCGGCUCCUCGUCGUCCUCGUCGCCGCCACCGCCGGCCAGGCCUUGGUCGUCAGCCUCGUCUGGAGAGCGGCCCGGAGGCCCGAGACGACGGCGGCCUCGUCCCAGGCCUCGGCCCCCGCGACCCCGAGCUCGGAAGCGGCCUGCCGGCUCGGGCAGCCGCGGGGAGGAAGAGGAGGAGGAGGAGGAGGGGGGCGCAGACGACGGGGAGGCCGAGGAGGAGCCUGAGGAGGAGGAAGAAGAAGAGGAGGACUUGAUCGAUGGCUUCGCCAUCGCCAGCUUCGCCAGCCUUGAGGCCUUGCAGAAGGAUGCAUCUCUUCAGCCCCCAGAGCGACUGGAACAUCGGCUGAAGCAUUCUGGGAAGCGGAAGAGGGGGGGCUCCAGUGGGGCCACUGGGGAGCCAGGGGACAGCUCUGAUCGGGAGCCUGGCCGGCCCUCUGGGGAUCGGGCCCGAAAAUGGCCCAAUAAACGGAGAAGGAAAGAGGCCUCCUCCCGUCAUUCUCUGGAAGCUGGAUACAUAUGCGAUGCAGAAAGCGAUCUGGACGAGAGGGUCUCCGAUGAUGACCUCGAUCCAUCCUUUACUGUCUCAACCAGCAAAGCCUCGGGCCCCCACGGCGCCUUCAAUGGGAACUGUGAAGCAAAACUCUCCGUAGUCCCUAAAGUGUCGGGCCUGGAGCGGAGCCAGGAACAGCCCCCAGGGCCCGACCCGCUGCUAGUGCCUUUCCCCCCGAAGGAACCACCGCCUGCACCGGCCCCUCGGCCUCCUGUCUCACCCCCUGCACCCCUGCCGGCCGCCCCCAGUCUGCCACCCCCACCCCAGCCCCAGCUGCAGCUUCGGGUCUCGCCCUUCGGCCUCCGCACUUCUCCCUAUGGCAGCAGCCUGGACCUCAGCACUGGCAGCUCUUCACGGCCGCCCCCCAAGGCCCCGGCCCCUCCCGUGGCUCAGCCUCCCCCCUCAUCAUCCUCUUCGUCCUCUUCCUCCUCAUCUGCCUCCUCCUCGUCCGCGCAGCUCACCCACCGGCCCCCGACGCCCUCACUGCCCCUGCCUUUGUCCACCCACAGCUUUCCCCCCCCUGGGCUGCGGCCCCCCCCACCACCCCCCCACCCCUCCUUGUUCUCCCCUGGCCCCACCCUGCCCCCACCCCCACCCCUGCUGCAGGUGCCAGGGCACCCUGGGGCCUCAGCCGCUAACGCCCUUUCUGAGCAGGACCUGAUCGGCCAGGACCUGAACUCUCGCUACCUGAAUGCCCAGGGUGGCCCCGAGGUGGUGGGGGCAGGGGGCUCCGCCCGGCCCCUGGCCUUCCAGUUCCACCAGCACAACCACCAGCACCAGCACACCCACCAGCACACCCACCAGCACUUCACCCCUUAUCCCCCGGGCCUGCUGCCACCCCAUGGCCCCCACAUGUUUGAGAAAUAUCCAGGAAAGAUGGAAGGCCUUUUCCGGCAUAAUCCGUACACGGCCUUCCCUCCCGCAGUGCCCGGCCUCCCUCCGGGCCUCCCGCCGGCUGUCUCCUUUGGCUCCCUGCAGGGGGCCUUCCAGCCCAAGAGCACGAACCCCGAGCUGCCACCACGACUGGGGCCAGUGCCGAGCGGGCUUCCCCAAAAGGGGACACAGAUCCCCGACCAUUUCCGGCCACCUUUGAGGAAACCAGGGAAGUGGUGUGCCAUGCACGUGCGCGUGGCUUACAUGAUCCUGAGACACCAGGAAAAGAUGAAGGGCGACUCCCACAAGCUUGACUUUCGGAACGACCUCCUGCCCUGCCUUCCGGGGCCCUAUGGGGCCCUGCCCCCUGGGCAGGAGCUCUCCCACCCGGCCGCCUCCCUCUUCACUGCGACUGGUGCCGUCCACGCUGCAGCCAACCCUUUCACCGCAGCUCCCGGGGCCCACGGAACCUUUCUGAGCCCCAGCACCCACAUUGAUCCCUUUGGGCGUCCCACAAGCUUCGCCUCUUUGGCUGCCCUCUCCAACGGGGCCUUUGGAGGCCUGGGCAGCCCCACAUUCAACUCCGGCGCCGUCUUUGCCCAGAAAGAAAGCCCAGGGGCUCCACCAGCCUUCGCCUCCCCGCCAGACCCAUGGGGCCGCCUGCACCGCAGUCCUCUGGCCUUUCCUGCCUGGGUCCGGCCCCCUGAGGCCGCCCGGACUCCAGGCUCAGACAAGGAGCGGCCUGUGGAGCGGAGAGAGCCCUCUAUCACCAAGGAGGAGAAAGACAGGGACCUCCCCUUCUCACGGCCCCAGCUCCGAGUUUCUCCUGCUACUCCCAAGGCCAGGGCUGGCGAGGAAGGGGCCAGACCGGCCAAGGAAUCAGUGCGGGUAAAGGAAGAACGGAAGGAGGAGGCCGCCGCCGCCGCCGCCGCCGCUGCCGCCGCCGCCGCCGCCGCCGCCGCCGCUGCCGCCGCCACCACCGGGCCUCAGGGCCUUCACCUACUGUUUGAGAGGCCCCGGCCACCCCCUUUUCUGGGCCCUAGUCCCCCAGAGCGCUGUGCUGGCUUUCUGGAGCCAACCUGGUUGGCAGGGCCCCCUCGCCUUGCUAGGCCACCCCGCUUCUAUGAGGCUGGCGAGGAGCUGACUGGACCAGGGGCUGUGGCUGCCGCCCGCCUCUACGGUCUGGAGCCUGCCCACCCCCUGCUAUACAGCCGCUUGGCCCCGCCACCGCCACCUGCUGCGGCCCCGGGAACCCCUCACCUUCUCAGCAAGACCCCCCCAGGAGCCCUUUUGGGGGCACCACCUCCACUUGUGCCCGCCCCCCGGCCUAGUUCCCCACCUAGGGCCCCUGGCCCAGCCCGGGCUGACAGGUGAGGGAAGGGGAGGGGCGGGGGCCAAGCUCCAUCCCCCUUUCCUUUUGACAAGGUCCUAGAGCUGAGGUUUCAAGCCAGGGCUAGAGGGCAGAGGUCAUGACCUCACCAGCCAUCUCUGAGGUCAUGGAACCUGGGAGCAGAAGCCCCAACCCCCACAAGAUCAAGCAUCAGAUGGACCUUGGGGUCACUGGGAGGGCAGAGGUCACAAUCCUCUAGAGAGAGGGGUGUGUGUGUGAGUGUGUGUGUGCGCGCGUGUGUGUGUACAUGGGAGAGAUGAGAGUGGGGGUCAUUUCAGAGGUCAUAGCUCAUGAUCUCCUGAGGUACACCAUCGCCCCCUCUGAGGGCCCCUAGGCCCUUGGCCUGCCUCCCCAAGGGCUCACUAAGCCAGAGGCCAAAGUGCCCCCCCUCCCCUUCACCUACCACCCAAGUCCUCAUGCCCUCUCAGGGCUGGGGGAGGAGGGGCUAACGGAAGGGGGGUUCCAUGUACAUAUUUAUCUCCCCUUCCACAUAGCCCCCCAGACCUUUUGUACAUUUUUACAGGGGUGCCCCUCCCAAUAACCCCCCUUCCUGGUUAAUUAAAUCCUCAGACUGGUGCUGUG